AGCAAAGGGAAAAUUGUCCCUUUUUCAAGUUGCUCCUGCUUCUGGCUGGCUGGCUUUCUCCUUCCUUCCUUCCAGCACAAGGAGACAUGUGGCUGCUAGGUGUCUUCAUCCUGCUCUCUAUCACAGAGCUCUCCCACACCCAUAACACCACAGUACUGCAGGCUGUGGAGGGUCAGACCCUGUCUAUCUCCUGCCCUUACAACCCUACAAAGUACUGGGGACAGCUAAAGUCCUGGUGCCGGCAGCAUAACUGGGAGGGGCACUGCCAGCACGUGGUCAGUGCUCACCGCUCCUGGCUGCUAGCCUUCUUAAAGAAGUGGAAUGGGAGCACGGCUAUCAGGGAUGAUGCUCUGGCUGGCAGGCUGACCAUCACCCUCAAAGACCUCCGGACCCACGACGCCGGACUCUAUCAGUGCCAGAGCCACCAGAAUGGGGUGGCAGACACUCUGCGGAAGGUCAUGGUGGAGGUGCUGGAGGAUCCCCUUGACCCUCAAAGCUCAGGAGAAUCCUGGAUCCCGGAAGAGCCCCAGAUCUUAGAGGAGCCCCGGAGUUCUGAGGACCCUGAAGUCCAACCCAGCAUCUCCAGGAGCCUCUCAGAAACCAAGCACCCACUCCCCUCCACUGUCUUCUCCUUCCUGAUCGCUGGACUCUUGGGCAGCAAACUCCUGGCUGUGGGAUUCCUCUGGGCCAUAGCCUGGCACAAGAGGAACCAGAAGAUGGAACCAGAGAGUAGGCACAGCCACGGGUACCAGCUCCAACCCCUGCCAGGGCAAGGCGAAGUCUGAAAGGAAAUUCCACUCCUAAGGACAAGAGGAGGGAGAAGAGGAGCAAUCUUACAUGCCAGCUAAUUUUCCACACUUUCCUCCACCCACCACAUCUUUCAUACCAAUCUCUGAGCCUCCUGAGGCACCACACACUAGUCAAGCUACUAAUAUGCCCAUUCACUGAUUCCCAUGGGCCAACAUAUGUGUUCUUCCUUAAUGGAACGGGCAUAGACCUGCUGCCUGCCUGCCUUGUGGAGGGUAGCAGCGGAUCUCUCUUUCCUGAGUCCCCUCUCACUGCUCCCAGAAGCAGCUAAGGGAGGUGAGCAGGAACUUGUAAAUGGAAUCAAGCAGAAUUCUGUAUAAUAUGACAUUAAAAGAAUUUGUUGAUAAAAAAAAAUCAGUCUUUGUUAUGUUUAAAGUUAGGGCAGUCUGGAUAAGAGUCCAGGAGAAGAGGGAAGAUUUUGAGAGGGAAUGGAAGAAGUAUCUGGCCCCUUGAGUUACCAGGGGUCAUUCAGUGGUACCACCAUUCUCUAGGAAGCUAGGAACCUUGGAGUCAUUUCUGACUCUCCCCACUACAGAUCCCCUUUAUUUAAUUAGUUAUGCUGUAAUAUAUGUAUUAGCCAAAAUAUAAGAAAUGUAUGUCAACAUGGAUUAUCUAAAUGUUAUAGAUUGCCACUUGUGGGUGGCAUGGGAUAGAUAGAUAUCUCUGGAAUUUGGCACACCCUAUUCCAAGGGAGACUGCAACUUCUACCUUGAGGGUAACAGGAGAAGGGUAAUGGCUAGAUGCUUUUUUUUCUCACCUAUAUGUAUGAGGAGUGUAGAGCUAGAAGUAUAUCUGCCCCCUCAAAUAUUGAUCAUCUAAGUAUACAAAUGUAGUUCAGAAGAAAAGCCAUCUGGUCAUUAUUUUUUCCAUUUUUCCAUUUUCCAUUUAAAAUAUUCUUUUAGGGGCAGCUAGGUGGCGCAGUGGAUAAAGCACCAGCCCUGGAUUCAGGAGGACCUGAGUUCAAA